AUGGCUCUGCCAGUGUCCGUCUACCCGUCGUCCCCGCAUCCGAGUCAGUUUCCGGCAUCUUUUCCAGAGUCUCUCGAUCCUUGGGGAAUUUCACACGGUCGCGAGAACCUCUCGUCUCCGUACUACUUUCAUGGUUCAAUCCAGCCAAGAAAUUUGUCAUACAGCAGCCCGGAAGACAGUACUGAGGACCGCGGCAAGUCAGACGAGAAUUUAGAGCAGACUGCAGCACAACAGGCUGAGGACGGCAACAUCAUUGUUGACAGCUACGAUACAGCCACGGAUGCUGGUUACAGUACGGGUUCCGACAUUUCCGCCUCGACGUCGCUUUCAGAGAGCGUAUCCGACUUCGUCUACGAAAAUGGACGGAGAUAUCACAGUUUCCGUGAAGGCCGCUAUAAUUUCCCCAAUGACGACGUUGAGCAACAACGCGAAGAUUUGAAACACAUGACAUUAAAGAUGCUUUGCGGUCGUCUUCACUUCGCACCAAUCGGAGACAGCCCGCAAGAAGUCUUGGACAUUGGCACUGGGACCGGGAUCUGGGCCAUCGAGAUAGGUGACUUGUUCCCAGGUGCAAGCGUAUUAGGUGUCGACCUCAGCCCGAUUCAGCCGAGCUGGGUGCCGCCAAAUGUGCGAUUCAUGGUCGAUGACGUUGAAUGGCUCCACCCGGCAAACUAUUUCGACUAUAUUCACAGCCGGCACACCGUCAUGGCAAUCAAGAAUUGGCCGCGUCUAAUGAAGAGAAGCUUAAAACAUUUGCGCCCCGGUGGCUGGUUUGAACUUCAAGAGGUCCACCACUGCCCCAUAUCUGCUAAUGGGACCAUGGCUGUUGAUCACCCCGUUGCAGAGUACUGGCGGUUAAUCAACGACGGAUUGGCUAACCUCGGAAUAAAUUUCCACGCAGUGUCCGAGGGACGUCUUACCAGUAUGAUGCGAACUUCCGGAUUCGUGAACGUUACAGAACGGGUGUUUCAAAUACCCAUCGGCACGUGGCCGAAGGACAGAGUUCUGAAGGAUGUGGGGCAACACUGGCGUUCUGUUCUACUAGACGGAGUCCAGGCUAUUGCUCUGGGCCCUUUGACAAGAGGGUGUGGUUGGACUCGAGAAGAAGUUGAACUACUGCUGGUACAGGUGCGUAAGGCUUACUAUGACAACAGUUGCCUGAUGUAUAUGCCGCUACAUGUCAUUUAUGGGCAAAAGCCUCAGGAUGGUUGA